AGGGCUAGUGUAGUGCUGGGUGUGGAGCGGUCAGUGUGCUGUGUACUCAGUGUUUUACUAGUGAGGAUGUUGCUGACUUUCUAUCUUCUCUUCACUGGGCUUCAUGUCUCUCAAGGCUGUAAUCUGGUGAACAGAGAACAAGUACUGGAUAACACAGCUCAUAGAGGAGGGUCAGUACUGCUGCCCUGCUACUGCCCUGACCUACAGACCACACCUGAGGAAUUCAGCUGGAAGAAAGACAACACAAAAACAGACAGACGGGAAGAGAUAUCCAGUGGGAGUGGUCAGUACAGAGACAGAGUUCAGCUGUUUAAUGGUCACUCUCCAGGAAAUCUCUCUCUACUCAUAUCACACCUGACUGAAGAGGAUGGAGGAGUUUACUGGUGUGCCAUUAAAGGUGCUCAUUUAAUCAUCAGACUGACUUUAAAAGAGGGUCCACCAGAAACUACAACAUCUACUGCAGUGGUCAGUGUACACACCGGUCGAACCACUUCAACCCCAUACUCAUCUAAAGCGCCUAAUAACACAGGCAAUUCUAUGCUUUUCUUCAUCUUAUUCCCUGCUCUUCUUCUCCUGCUGGGACUCGGAGGAGUCAUCUACUGGAGAUGCAGAGGAUGGAGCCGAGGGCAGACGGACGGCAAAGAGCAAGUAAGGACAAACACAGAGCAGCAAUCACAGGAUGAAGUGAUGUACGCUACUGUCGUCCACAGUAACACAACCACAACAACAACCACAGUUAUUGAUAUUGAAGAAAAAGCAGAAUACGCCACCAUCAGAGUAAAGUAGUAACACCACUCAAGCCAUGC